AUGCGGUAUGUCCCAGCUCAAUCAGGGGCGGCCUCGCAGACCCGAACCAAUGUCCCCACCUCCAUCACAGGGCAUUGGUUCCGGAAAUGCCCGGGCUCCACGCCCCAUGGCAGCGGGACCAUCAACCUGGAAGUGAAAGCAGAGAGGGUCAGGAUCAUGCUGGGACCCAUCUGUGAAGCCAGUGAUCCAGAGGCCUACAAGACCCCGGCCAACUGCUGUAAGAAAGGACACUUCGGUUAUGUCAAACAGGGCCUGAGUGAUCAGUCCAGAUUCAAAAGAUUUCAUCGUAUAUGUGUGUCUCUUCCAGAACUGCAGAAAGCUGGAUUGAUGUUGCCAAUUGAUGUUGGAGUUGUUUCAUAUACCUCUCAACUGCCUUGGAAGAAACAGAAAACCAGCCCCAAAGAGUCCCCAUACACACCCACUACUCACACAAAUAACUUGCACACGCCAAAAAGACACAUCGCACCCAUGCUCACAAACCAUCCACAAGCACACAAGCAGAAUACACACUUUCAUUUCAAGCAGAACUCACAAACACCUGGGAAUGGUGACAAAAACACCCCACAGAGUGCAUUUACACCCCAAGAGCAAGGUAAGACUAAUAACAGAAGACAAAUGAAGAAGAACUAUAUUGCGGCAGUUUUACAUAUAGAUAAAGAUGCAGACUUUUCUAGAGGUGGCCAGAAUGGUCCUUACACUACAAGGGUUCUCCCAUCACCUCAGAACGGCAAUAAAACGACAUAUUCACUCUUUGGAAAGUGAAAGAACAAUACAGGGAAUAGAGAGAAAGGCCAAAAAGUGAGGAAACUCUGAAAGAAGGGGAAAAAAGCAGCAAAAGAUACUGCCAUGUGUCCAUGCGAUGAAAACCUUUUUCUGAUCAAACAAAAGCAAAGAAGAUUAAAAACAUUGCCUAAUUGUGUGCAUGUGUGUUUGGGUGUCAGUGAGCAGGUGAUUCUCUCAGAUGUGUAUCAUAACCUACUGGCUAUUUUCAAAAAGAUCUGUGUUUUGCUCCAUCUUUUUCCAUCCACAUGGUUUCAUUAAUUAUUAAGGCACGUUUAGACUAUUUAGUUAUUUUUCAUCUCUGAUUUUAGAGAAUUUGAAGGCAUUGUACACAUACAGUAAAUUAAGCAAAUAAAUAUGUGUACAAAUUUUAAAUCCACUGUGUCCAAGUAUGAGUGCAGGUAUAAAAAUGUCCUUUCAUAUCUUCUCACAAAGGAUUGUAAAGGAGAAUCAUUAAUGCCCACCCCUCUGUUCUGCAUAUCAAAUUUACAUUACCAAUGCUUAAUUUUUUUAACUAAAUAAUUGAAUAUGUUUUGGAAUUUUAGUAGCAGAAGUCCUGCUUGUACUUGAAGCGUGUAUAUAAUUAUUUAAUGUACAUGCUUAUUUUUGUGACAUCUUGAUUAAAGCCAGUUUUCUUUGAUAUUCUGUUUAAGACUGUAUUUUGUCAAACCUUUAUUUUGGCCUUGUUUACUGUAUCCUUCUAUUUGUAAUUAUUAGCAUCUUUUUAACAAAAAUCCAGUUGUAAAGGUUUUUAAUGUCUGUUCCCCAUAAAGAUGCCUAGUGUCCUGGCAAAUGCAUGGCACAAGGAUGUAAAUAAAGA